AGUACAAAUAGAUGUAAUCUAUCAUAGCUUAUGUAAUGUCCAUGAGGGUCAUGACACUGCAUUUAUCCUCAAGAGAUGCUUUUGAUACCAUAAGUGAUCAUGUGAUUACUGAUAAUGAUUAUUCUGUGGGUUCUACCUGUCAGGUACUGUAGUAUCAGCCUACAAGAGAUAAUGUUCGGUUCUGUGUUAAACAGUUGUGCUUUCUGGGUUGUGGUAGUCUUACUUGUGACACUCAAGUUGUACAUCAAGUUGAUGACUGGGAUAUGCCGAAGCCAGAAACAGCUGAAUGGGAAGACUGCCAUUGUUACUGGAGCAAACACUGGUAUUGGAAAGGAGACGGCCCUUGAUUUGGCGUGUAGAGGAGCUAAGGUGAUCCUUGCCUGCAGAGACUUGAAACGUGGGAGAAAAGCUUGUAGUGAGAUUAUUGCGCAAAGUCACAACUCAAGAGUUGAGGUCCGUCAGCUGGACCUGAGUUCUCUAACUUCAGUCCGCCAGUUUGCACAUGACAUUAUCAGAACAGAGUCACAUCUAGAAAUUCUUAUCAAUAAUGCGGGUGCAGGGGGACUUGGACCAAAUCGAACAGCUGAUAAUCUACAAAUUGGGAUUCUAGUGGGACUGUUGAAGAAGUCAGCUCCUAGCAGAAUUGUGAUGGUUUCAUCUAUGGUACAUAAAUAUGCAAAAUUUGACUUGGACAAUCUCAACUCUGAAAAGUGGUUUAAUGAUUUCCAAGUGUACAACUGCAGUAAGCUAGCCAAUAUUCUUGUAGCCAAUGAAUUAUCCAGGAAGUUGAACGGCACAGGCGUGACUGUCAACAGUUUGCAUCCUGGAGUAGUGGUAACAGACAUCAUGCGGCAGUUGCCACAGCCCAUUUACUACAUUACUAAGUUCAUCAUGUCAUUUUUCUUCAAGGAUACUAAAGAAGGUGCACAAACUUCCAUCUACUUGGCAGUUUCUGAAGAAGUAGAAGAAGUGUCUGGCAAAUAUUUUUCAGAUUGCAAGGAAGCAAAUAUGUCAAAGGAAGCAAGGGACGAGGGUCUAGCCAAGAAACUAUGGGAGAAGAGUGAGGUUCUGGUUAGACUUAAGCCAGAAGAAAUAGAUUUAUAAUGACAAAUUUAUAAGAAUUUAACUCUUUCUGUC